CUCGCGAGAUUCUGAAUCGCGUUGCUCAAACAUGGCGGCUGCGAUGGACGUCGACACCCCGAGCGGGACAAACAGCGGCGCCAGUAAGAAGCGUUUUGAAGUCAAAAAGUGGAAUGCAGUGGCUCUGUGGGCCUGGGACAUCGUGGUGGAUAACUGCGCCAUCUGCAGAAACCACAUCAUGGACCUGUGUAUAGAGUGUCAGGCCAAUCAGGCUUCUGCCACAUCAGAGGAGUGCACAGUGGCCUGGGGAGUGUGUAAUCAUGCAUUUCAUUUCCAUUGCAUCUCCCGAUGGUUAAAGACGCGGCAGGUGUGUCCUCUGGACAACAGGGAGUGGGAGUUCCAGAAGUAUGGACACUGAACUCUGCAUGUGUCCUUUUUGUUAAGUUUAACAAAAGUUUUGAGUUUUACUUUUGAAAGGCAUCUUGUAUCACCUUUCAAAAUGUUUAAUAAAUACUGUGUGUGUUGCUGUUA